GGAAAAUGGGAUUAAGAAGGAGAGAAGAGCAAGUGGUACUGGGCACACACACAAUCUCCAUCACACACACACACACACACCAACACAGAGCCAGCAGGUAGAGGGAGUGAGCCAGUAGAGUAGAGGCGACCAGCAGCCAUGACAGACGCGGACUCGCUAAGUGAGGCUUUAGAAGCCAUCAGUGUGAGCACAGACCUGAUCGAGGAGGAGCUAAAGCCUCAUCUGGAUACAGUGUUGACUGCACUGCUGGAAAAGAAGAAAGAGGCUGCUGUUGACAUUGUGAAAAGUGGGAUUUUGCCCACGCUGGCCCAGACGCUACAACGUAAGGGCCACCUGAGCUGCCAGGUGGCUCUGGUGGUGGCGGAGAUGGCUCGAGAAGCUGCAGUGAGAGAGCCGUGCAUCGAGGCGGGCCUAGUGAAAGCUCUGGUUCCCCAUCUGAACAGCAACAACGAGGAGAUGCUGCUGAACACUGGCAGGGCCAUCGGAAGGAUCUGCUUUGACAACUCACACCAACAGGACAAGCUGGUCCAGAGUGGAGUCAUCUCCAGACUCGUGUCCAUUAUGAGGACGUAUCCAGAAAACGACCCGCUGGUCAACGUCUGCCUGCUGGCCCUGUGUAACCUGGCUGACAUGGACUGUGCGAGAGAGGCCCUGUCGGGCCUGGACGUGGCAGACGUGCUCAUCUUUCAGCUCAAACGGGCUCCCGAUGCCGAACGCCGACACGUCAUCUUGGAAAUACUGGGUUCCCUGAGUGAGAGUGAUACGCUGAAGCUGCAGUUUGCUGAUUCGGGAGUGCCAGAGUCUCUCUCAGCGAUGAUCCGCCUCCUGCAGGGAGGUUCUGACCCGCACGACUUCUGCAGCAUGAAGAUCGCCUCCAGCCUUAUAGUGUCUCUGCUCUUAGGAGAUGAGUCGAUGCAGAAGUGUUUCGGUGAGGGAUCAGGGACGGUGUAUCAGGAUAUCCUGUCCUGGCUGCAGAGCUCCAACACCCAGCUGCAGCUGUCCGGAGCUCUCGCCAUCGCCAACUUUGCAAGAAACGACAGUAACUGUGUGAAGAUGCUGGAGCUCGGCGUGGUUCCUCACAUCCUCACCUUGCUGGAGCACCACGUGGACGAAGGAGACGUGUCCGUUCAACACGCCGGACUGAGCGCGCUCAGGAACCUGGCCAUACCAGCAACCAACAAAGUGCGGAUGCUGGAGGACGGGGUGACGGAGAGGAUAAAGACUCUGCUGCGCACCGACAUGCCGCCGGUUCAGUUUAAACUGUUGGGUACAUUGCGCAUGAUGGUGGAUGGACAAGAGGAUGCUGCGUUGAUGCUGGGGAGAGAUGCUGUGCUGCUCACGCGGGUCAUGGAGUGGUGUGAAGCCAAAGACCACGCAGGCGUGUGCGGGGAAGCCAGCCGUCUCCUGGCAGCCCUCAUCAGACACAGCCGCAGUCCUGAAGUUGUCCGUGCGGUAGCCAGAGCAGAUGGAGUACGGCACCUUAUCUCUAUGGCAACAAGCGAGCAUGUCAUCAUGCAGAAUGAGGCCCUGGUUGCUUUGGCAAUAGCGUCUGCCAUUGACAUUGAGUCCAUGAAGGAUCCGUUUAAGGAGGCGGAGCUUCUACUCACACUGAAGAAGAUUCUGGAGGAUCCUGCAGCAGCGCUGGAAGUCCAGUUCAGCGCGUUAGGACUUGUCUGCACUCUGGCCAACUCCAGUGUGACGAGGGAGGAGCUGAACUCCGUGGACAUGAAGCAGAGCCUGAGCAAGCUGACGGGCCACAGCAGCAGUAAAGUGGCCUCUCAGGCCUCGUCCAUCCUCAGCACCCUCUCCGACAGCAGCUAGACCCUCACCUGCAGCCUCUCAGGACCUCACCUGCCCUAACACGUGUCCAUCUCAUUCAACCACGGGGUUUAAUUCAGAUGAGCUUCAGGUACACAUGAAAGUCCCCGCUUUUGUGACAGCUAACGCCGUAACGGUUGGGUAGAAGAUGUUUCAAAAUGCACAAUUACAAAAUACAACGCCCUUCCUUCAGAACUCUGAGGCCUCCAGAGCACAGGACUGGUGUUGACUGAUGAAAGGUCUGACGGACCAGAGACAGACAGGGGGGGCCACAGUGACCGGUGGCUGUUUCUACAGCCCUUUGUGCUUCUACGCUUGAUUCAUAGUUUUUGUUUUGAUGUAACAGCAUUACACUUGUUGUUUGGUAUCAGUGUUGAGAGAAGUUAAGGUAGUCUAGCAAAGAAAACUCUAAAAAGAUCUCUUACCCAACCUUUAAGGACCCUCUUCUAGUGAUGGCAUGAUGCACGCUUUCUGGUGCUCAUCAGUUAUGCACAUUUUUACUUCUUGGUCUUCCUCUUUUUGGCAAAACAAGACAUUUAACGUUUUCUUUUUGUGCCACGUGACGGUGCAAAUGCCGCCAGGUGAUGUUUUACGGCACAACGAUGACCAUUAUGGAGAUGGGUUUGAUGAAAGUUGGGGGCGAUCAGCAAGAAAGCGUGGAGAGUUCCUGUUAUUCUGAAGUCGGAGACCAGUGCUGUUGCUCUGUAUGCUGGUUUGUUCAAUCAUUACUUACAGUUGAGAACAUCAUGAAGUUUGAUAGAAAAGUAGAGUUCACUUUGACUGAAAAAUGUGAUGAAAACGUAGGCGGGGCCCCAGAGACUGUCACCACAAGCAUCACACCGGUCCUGCCUGAGAACCUGUUCUUUGUUCCUGUGACCAUUGAAUAAAAUAAACCCCACACCACCUGUGUCCGGCUGCAGAUUCCAGGUGUAAUGUCUGUAAACUCUGUGACUUUGUAUCUGUACCCCCUCCCUCAAAAAAAAACACAAAAAAACAACAGUUUUUUAAGCUUCAAAUGCAUUUAUGUUGCAUCGCAAUAAAACUUCUGUGUCCCCAGGCGAUUGAAAGCAGCUGAUAUUUAUCAUAAAACCUUUUCCUAACUCUAAAGACUACAUUUAGGUACAGACGUAUUUAGCCGGUAACAUAUUUGCAUUAUUUUGCCUUUAUACACAAGAACAGGAGCGAGUAAAAGAACCUCCAUAGGGCUUGGUCACCAAGGUGCAUUCUGCGAUGCGGCGGCCAUGUUGGCAGCCUCGUGAGUGUAAACAAACCGCAGUGUAGCAGUGUAGUAGCACCAAGUGAACAGACGCAACACAAAAAAAGAUGUUAAAAUGCCGGAAAGGAACUGGAAUUUACCGGGAUACCUUAAACAAGGAAGCCAAGGACCGGUAUAUAGAGAAAAUAAUGAUUAUUAACGUUUUGGAUCCAUAUGAAAUCCUUAAUAAAGAGUGGAGCUGCUCGUCGGAGCUCCAAUCUUUAGUAGGGAUUUAGUGCU